UACAAGAUACAAGUGUGAACGUAAGCACUUGGGAAAUAUCUGAAAGAACCACACAAGAUACUGGGAGAGUGGGACAACUUUCCAUGUCCCAUAUGAUUGGAGUUCUGAAGGGUGCACACACGAACUAAUGGACCUCUGCUACCAUCUUCCGGCUAAGGAGGGAAUUGCAGGCGUCAGACUCCUCUACUAAUGAAGUGUCUCGGCGUGAGGACGUCAUCUGGACGGGCGGUGACGCAUGCGCAGUAGAAGGAGGUCCGCGAGCUGUGUGGGCUUGUGCCUUGGCGCUUGUGGUUCGGGGCCUUGUGCUGGCACCGAGUGCGCCGGGUUGGCGACUUCAGCACUUUUGGCGUUGGGUGGGCGGCAUCUUGGGGGUCACGUGAGCCAGUGGCAUCAUGCCCGUGGGCGCUGGUGUCAGCGUCGCGGCUUUUCCGGAGGUUCGUCGGCCAGGAGGAAGGGCGGAAAGCACAUCCCGGAAAGGUGGAAAGACUAUCUCCCAGUUGGAGAGCGGAUGCCUGGGACUCGUUUCACUGCAUUCAAAGUUCCUUUAAAAAAGAGUUUUGAAAAGAAUCUUGCUCCAGAAGAAUGUUUUUUCCCCCCUUAACAAACUCCAAGAACACAAUGAAGAACUUGGGCUGAUUAUUGACUUAACAUAUACUCGCCGCUAUUUUAAGCCAGAGGUAAAUGGAACCCGUAAUUGAAAAUGACCUUCUUUCUGAUACUGUAAAAAUUCAUAGUAAUUCAGUAGUUAUCAUCUUAUGCUAAGGUGAAUCCUGGCCUUCUUUCAUGGGUUCAAAAAGGGAAGCUAGUCGUUUC